AUGUCAGGGGUUCGAUCCCCGUACCUGCUGGUGGCGACGCUGGCGGCGGCGUCCACAACACAAGCAGAUAAACAUCCCGAUGGAGGACACAGUUCCGGAAUUCCGGCCAACGCCGACGGCAUCUUCGGAGAACGCAUCAAGAUUCGUGAACAGAUACCCUCGUUAGGUUCCCAGAGCCGAGGUGGCGGUGGGUCAGGAUCAGGGGAAGACCUGACUAGUUCCUACACCUCCUUAGAUGUGCGAGGUGACAUUACCUUUCCUAGUUUGUCUAAAGACUUGGCUGACAGCCGGUCCCCGGCCAGCCAGGCCAAACAGUCGAGUAAGCAGACAGACCAGACACAGGCAGUAAUUCAAACUUUUGGUAGUUUGAAACAGACACAGACUCCCCAGACAUAUCCAGCCCCUUCGUCUUUAAACAGUAAUCAGUACACUGAGGCCAAGCAAAGGUCCCAGACCGUCGGUGCUCCACAACAGUCUUCACAGACCUUCGGUGCUCCACAACAGUCUUCACAGAGCUAUGGUGCACCACAGAAGCUUUCACAGAGCUAUGGUGCUGCACAACAGUCUUCACAGAGCUUUGGUGCACCACAGAAGCCUUCACAGAGCUUUGAUUCAGCACAGCAGCCUUCACAGAGCUAUAGUGCUCCACAGCAGCCUUCACAGAGCUAUGGUGCUCCACAGAAGCCUUCACAGAGCUAUGGUGCUCCACAGAAGCCUUCACAGAGCUAUGGUGCUCCACAGAAGCCUUCACAGAGCUACAGUGCUCCACAGCAGCCUUCACAGAGCUAUGGUGCUCCACAGCAGCCUUCACAGAGCUAUGGUGCACCAAAGAAGCCCUUACAGAGCUAUGGUGCUCCACAACAGUCUUCACAGAGCUUUGGUGCUCCACAGCAGUCUUCACAGAGCUUUGGUGCUCCACAGCAGUCUUCACAGAGCUUUGGUGCCCCACAGCAGCCUUCACAGAGCUAUAGUGCUCCACAGCAGCCUUCACAGAGCUAUAAUGCUCCACAGCAGCCUUCACAGAGCUAUAGUGCUCCACAGCAGCCUUCACAGAGCUAUAGUGCUCCACAGCAGCCUUCACAGAGCUAUAGUGCUCCACAGCAGCCUUCACAGAGCUAUAGUGCUCCACAGCAUGCUCCACAGCAGCCUUCACAGAGCUAUAGUGCUCCACAGCAGCCUUCACAGAGCUAUAGUGCUCCACAGCAGCCUUCACAGAGCUAUAGUGCUCCACAGCAGCCUUCACAGAGCUAUAGUGCUCCACAGCAGCCUUCACAGAGCUACAGUGCUCCACAGCAGCCUUCACAGAGCUAUAGUGCUCCACGACAGCCUUCACAGAGCUAUAGUGCUCCACAGCAGCCUUCCCAGAGCUACAGUGCUCCACAGCAGCCUUCACAGAGCUAUAGUGCUCCACGACAGCCUUCACAGAGCUAUAGUGCUCCACAGCAGCCUUCACAGAGCUAUAGUGCUCCACAGCAGUCUUCACAGAGCUAUAGUGCUCCACGGCAGCCUUCACAGAGCUAUAGUGUUCCACGGCAGCCUUCACAGAGCUAUAGUGCUCCAAAGCAGCCUUCACAGAGCUAUAGUGCUCCAUGGCAGCCUUCACAGAGCUAUAGUUCUCCAAAGCAGCUUUCACAGAGCUAUAGUGCUCCAAAGCAGCCUUCACAGAGCUAUAGUGCUCCAAAGCAGCCUUCACAGAGCUAUAGUGCUCCACGGCAGCCUUCACAGAGCUAUAGUGCUCCAACGCAGCCUUCACAGAGCUAUAGUGCUCCACAGCAGUCUUCACAGAGCUAUAGUGCUCCACAGCAGCCUUCACAGAGCUAUAAUGCUCCACAGCAGCCUUCACAGAGCUAUAGCACUCCACAGCAGUCUUCACAGACCUAUAGUGCUCCACGGCAGCCUUCACAGAGCUAUAGUGCUCCAACGCAGCCUUCACAGAGCUAUAGUGCUCCACAGCAGUCUUCACAGAGCUACAGUGCUCCACAGCAGCCUUCACAGAGCUAUAGUGCUCCAAAGCAGCCUUCACAGAGCUUUGGUGCUCCACAGAUUUACGGACCUCCCAAAGAAUCUCGGCAAAAACCGUUGCAACAGUACACUGCUCCUCAAGAGAGUCGGAAAAACGGUUACAGUGGCCAACAGAGCAACGGAGGUGGGUACAAUGACCAACAGAACAACGGAGGUGGCUACGGUGGCCAACAGAACAACGGAGGUGGCUACGGUGGCCAACAGAACAACGGAGGUGGCUACGGUGGCCAACAGAACAACGGAGGUGGCUACGGUGGCCAACAGAACAACGGAGGUGUCCUUAAUGUUGCAGAUCACAAGGGAAUGCCAUACGGGUUUGACUACUCGGUUAACGAUGUGGACUCAGGGGCAGACUUCUCACAGAAAGAAUCUUCUGACGGGACUGUGGUGAAGGGGGAGUACAGAGUACAGCUUCCUGACGGCCGGCUCCAGAUUGUUACCUACACUGCUGACCAUCACAGCGGCUACACUGCUGACGUUCGGUACGAAGGAGAAGCACAGUAUCCAAAAGGGAACUCUGGCAGUGGCAGUUGGAGUAACAACGGAGGUAACGGUUACGCUAAUGAGCAACAGAAUACUAACGCCGGUGGCUAUGGUAGACAACAGAACGAAGGUGGAAGCAGCUUUAGCGCACAACUGAAUAACGAAAGGAGUAAUGCCUUUGGAGGAAAGCAGGGCAUUGGAAGUAGCAGUGGCUAUGGCAACAGCAGAAGGGGCAGCAGUAGCUUCUUAGGGAGAACAGAUGAGGCGCAGAUACCGUCUCAGACUUACAGAUCACCACAGCAAGACCCUCCACAGCUCUCACAGAGUUACGGUCCACCACAGCAAGACCCUCCACAGCUCUCACAGAGUUACGGUCCACCACAGCAAGACCCUCCACAGCUCUCACAGAGUUACGGUCCACCACAGCAAGACCCUCCACAGCUCUCACAGAGUUACAGUCCACCACAGCAAGACCCUCCACAGCUCUCACAGAGUUACGGUCCACCACAGCAACAACUCUCACAGAGUUAUGGACCACCAACAUAA